UUUAAAAACAAAAUCACAUAACCUACUAAUCUUUAUUUUCCAUCACCUAUGCCACUAGCGAUUAGUAUUCUUUUUUAAAAACAAAAAAACAUAACCUACUGAUCUUUAUUUUCCAUUACCUUUACACUACUGUUUAGUGGUAAUACCUAAAAAAUACUACAGUAAUUAAUUUUAUUUUUUCAAAAAAAUCCCCCAAAAUAUUUUCAAAACCACGAUUAAAUUUGCCCCUUUAAUCAUACGAUCAAAGAUUGAAGAUCUCUCUCCCUCUCUCUAAAAAAAAAAGUUUCAAGAUCCUAGGGUUCAUAAAAUUUUCCUCUCUAAUUCUCUUAUCUUUUUCGUCAAUCGAUCAAUCAUUUGAAAACCAAUGGCAGAAGAAGCAGCAGCAUCGACGCCGCCGCAGUCAUCCGCGGCUCCAUUGGGAUCUUCCGUUAUACCCAUAGUGAACAAGCUCCAGGACAUAUUCGCUCAGCUUGGUAGCCACUCCACGAUAGAGUUGCCGCAAGUGGCGGUGGUCGGAAGCCAGAGUAGUGGCAAGUCCAGCGUGCUUGAAUCUCUCGUUGGCCGUGACUUUUUGCCUCGUGGUUCCGAUAUCUGCACGCGCCGCCCUCUCGUCCUUCAGCUCCUCCAGACCAAGCGUAAACCUGAUGGUUCUGAGGAGGAGUAUGGCGAGUUUCUUCACUUGCCUGGCAAGCGCUUCUCUGACUUCUCCGAGAUUCGCAGGGAGAUUCAGGCUGAGACUGAUAGGGAGGCUGGAGGAAACAAAGGUGUGUCAGAUAAGCAGAUUCGACUUAAGAUUUUCUCACCAAAUGUUCUUGAUAUCACUCUUGUGGAUCUUCCUGGAAUCACAAAGGUUCCUGUGGGUGACCAGCCCUCUGACAUUGAGGCUCGAAUUAGAACAAUGAUCAUGUCAUACAUUAAACAGCCUAGCUGUCUGAUUCUUGCUGUUACUCCAGCAAAUUCAGACUUAGCAAACUCUGAUGCACUUCAAAUUGCAGGAAAUGCUGAUCCUGAUGGUUAUAGAACCAUUGGUGUUAUUACAAAGUUGGAUAUAAUGGACAGAGGUACUGAUGCUCGUAACCUGUUGCUUGGAAAAGUGAUUCCUCUUCGACUUGGUUAUAUAGGUGUUGUGAAUCGUAGUCAGGAGGAUAUUUUACUCAACCAGAGUAUCAAGGAUGCCCUUGUGGCAGAGGAAAAGUUCUUCCGAAGUCGUCCGGUAUAUAAUGGUCUAGCUGAUCGUUGUGGUGUUCCUCAGUUGGCAAAGAAGUUGAACCAGAUUUUAGUUCAACAUAUCAAGGCAAUACUUCCUGGGCUGAAAUCACGCAUUAGUUCUGCACUGGUUUCUGUGGCAAAGGAGCAUGCAAGCUAUGGAGAAAUCACAGAAUCAAAGGCUGGCCAGGGAGCUCUUCUAUUGAAUAUUCUUUCAAAAUACUGUGAAGCAUUCUCAUCAAUGGUAGAGGGGAAAAAUGGAGAAAUGUCUACACAUGAGCUGUCUGGUGGAGCUAGGAUUCAUUAUAUUUUCCAAUCAAUCUUUGUUAAGAGCUUAGAGGAGGUUGAUCCAUGUGAAGACUUAACUGAUGAUGACAUUCGAACUGCCAUUCAGAAUGCAACUGGUCCUCGAUCUGCACUAUUUGUACCAGAAGUCCCGUUUGAAGUACUUGUUCGAAGGCAAAUAGCACGUUUGCUAGAUCCAAGCCUUCAAUGUGCCAGGUUCAUAUAUGAUGAGUUAAUAAAGAUUAGCCAUCGCUGUAUGGUGAGUGAAUUGCAGCGGUUUCCUGUUCUAAGAAAGCAUAUGGACCAAGUUAUUGGGAACUUUCUCCGAGAAGGCCUUGAACCAUCUGAGACAAUGAUAGGACAUAUUGUUGAAAUGGAGAUGGAUUACAUAAAUACUUCCCACCCAAAUUUUAUUGGUGGGAGCAAGGCUGUAGAGCUUGCCAAUCAGCAGAUUAAGAAUUCCAGGGUUCCUUUGUCUAUAUCUAGAUCAAAGGAUAGUUUGGAGCCUGAUAAGGCUCCUACUUCUGAAAGAGGUAUUAAAUCUUGGGCUAUUCUUGCAAGACAAGUUAAUGGAAACGUGGCUGAUCAGGGAGUACGUCCUGUUGCAGAUGUGGAAAAAGUUUUAUCCACUGGAAGUACAAGUGGUUCAACUUGGGGUAUUUCAUCAAUAUUUGGCGGCAGUGAUAACCGAUCAUCAGUGAAAGAGAGCUUGACAAACAAGCCAUAUAGUGAACCUGUUCAUAACAUGGAACAGUCCUUUACCAUGAUCCAUCUUAGAGAGCCCCCACCUGUCUUAAGGCCUUCAGAAGACCGUUCAGAAACUGAAGCUAUUGAAAUUGCUAUCACCAAAUUGCUCUUAAGAUCAUACUAUGACAUUGUUAGGAAGAAUAUAGAGGAUUCUGUGCCUAAAGCAAUUAUGCACUUCUUGGUAAACCAUACGAAACGGGAACUUCACAAUGUCUUUAUCAAAAAACUUUACAGGGAAAAUCUGUUUGAAGAAAUGUUGCAGGAACCUGAUGAGAUUGCUUCUAAGAGAAAACGUACUCGAGAAACACUCCGAGUUCUCCAACAGGCAUUCAGGACGUUGGACGAAUUGCCAUUGGAAGCUGAAACAGUUGAGAGGGGAUACAGUUUGGGGUCUGAUCCAACGGGCCUACCAAAGAUCCAUGGACUGCCUACAUCAUCAAUGUAUUCUACAAGUAGUGGUUCCAAUGAUUCCUAUGCAGCUUCUCCUAAAAACCCAAAAUCUCGCAAGUCAUCUCACUCGGGGGAACUACAGUCACACUUUUAUGCCAAUGCAGAUUCAAAUGGAAGUGGACGUAGUUACAUGCCAGGCCUCUAUCCUACAGUUGAUCUGUAAGCCGCUUGAAUGUGCAAUUGUCAAAUAUGGAGGCAUUAUAUUCCUUUGAUUUCUUAGUCUAAUUUCUCCCUCAAGAUCUUUGUAAUUCCUCCAACCGAAGCUAGCUCAAGGGUAAAUUGCAGUUAUCUUCUAGCUGGGUAUCUGCAAGUCAGCUAUUAUGCAUUUGCUUUUUGCUCCAUAAAUUUUCCUUGUUCUACUACCAUAUUAUAGGGUUAUAAUCGCAUUGUUUAUUGCUCCAGAAAUGAAUAAUGGGAGUGAGAAACUUGCUUUUUUGUCAGAAAAAAAUAGUUUUUCCGUUUCCUUAACAAUUCUUUAUGCAGUCUGUUUUUUCUCCCUUCAUAUUUGUUGACAUCAGGCAGUUUACGCGGUCCUACUACAUGGGUGAUAAUGUAUCUAGAUCAAGAAUGCUAGCCAUGUUGUUUAUAUCCAAUGUUAUUUCAUAUAUCAAUGUAAAAUUUGAGUGUCCUCGAUUUCGGUUUUGCCUGUAAAGAAACGGGUAAUUGUAAUUUUCCAUUUUAUAAUAUGGAAGAACUUGUUGAGUAAUAAUAAUAAUAAUAAUACGGGGCCUUUAGGCCUUUACUAGUGCUACGUAACUUGACUCUAACACUCUUCUAAACCUGUUAUAAGCCCUUUCCUACCUCUGCUAUUCAAAGAAAACUCAUUUUCUCUAGAAAAUUCCCAUAUUUUCCCAAGAAAUUAAUAAUGCCAAGAAUCUCUGCAUCCUGUUUCCGACUACGUCUACGUUAAGUCCUGUUUUCCGCACCUGCCACUUUUCUUAUGUACAGUUUGUGGGUCGGCUUCUUUCUUUCACAAGAGUCCACCUAUUGGUAUUUGAUCAGUUGCCUCCGACGCCAGUUCCAC